AUGAUGCCACGUCCAGCUAAUGGAAUCCUUGCUGCACAAAAGUACUCAUUUUAUCUUUUAUUUGUGCUUAAAUUUCCCACCAUGUCACCCCAAACACCAAAAAUGCUGAACUUUUUGUGGGAAUGUGUUUCUUGGAUUUCAGUUUUUGUGCCUCUUCAUAUGUCGUUUUGUUUUUUCAAAACUGUUUACGACGGGUUUGUUCUCGAAAGCAUGGAUACUUUAUCGAACAUUGGCAUUCAAGGUAUAUGGUUAUUUUGUAGCUUUAUUACGAUGUUAAACUAUAGACUGAAGUCCAAGGAUUUGAAUGAUAUAAUUGAUACAAUUGAAAGAGAAUUUCUUUGGAGAUCUGCCAAGGGAAGAACUUACGUUGAUAUGGAAAGAAUCCAUUGGCAUGCGAAAAUCGUUUCGAUAGUUUGGCAAUUUCUUCCAACGUCAACUGUUGUGGGAUCACUAUUACGACCAUUGUUUCUUAAACCUCUAGAACUCCCAAUUUCCAUUUGGUACCCUUUCGAUAAGAACAACCCCUAUCAGUUUGCAUUGGCUUAUUUUUUCCAAGCUUGGGCCCAAAUUAUUGUAGUCUGCAGUUUUGCUGUUGGAAGCUCAUUUUUCUUUUCUUUUGGACUGUUGUGCAGUGGUCAAUUUAAUAUUACAAGAUGUGCUUUAAAAAAUCUGAUAUUUACCAGUGGCGUUUAUAAAAGAUUUCCAGAACUUCUUCAAAACACAUAUCAGCCCGAUUCAGCUGAAUAUCAUUUAGGAAGUGAAAAAAUUGAUAAACUUUCAGGGAUUGGAUCUUCGGAAAAUUUUAUGUUAGAAGAUUUUGAAAGUACUAGGAGAUCUUUGCCUCAAAAUUUUAGUGCAGAAGAAAUUGGAAAUUUCCGAGUAGCUCUUAAAAACGCUGUACGGCACCAUCGUCUAUUGAUAAAACUUUGUGGAAUGAUGGAGAAUUUUUGGAACUUCUUCGUUGUUUUACGAGUUCUAGAAGUUACUUUGCAGAUGUGUUUUAUGGCAUUUGUGUACGUCAGGACCUCAGAUAUUUUCGUGUUACUUUUUGGUGUACUAGCAGCCGUAGACUUAUUUUUGCUGACCUACCCAGCUGAAUACAUAAGUGAACAGAAUAAUCUUAUUGGAACUUCAUUACUUAUGGGCCAUUGUUUACAGCUGGAAAGAUUUUACCUUUGAAUGCAGAUCGUUUAAGACAGGCAAUAACAACAGCUUUUUCAUAUUAUACACUGCUUUCUAGUUUUGAUGAGGGUUGAUUAUUAUUGAUUAUUUGUUUUAGUUAAGUA